AUGCCUCGAAAUCGAGUUGGAGAAAGGCAUUUCUCUGAGGAGGGGGAACUCAAACAACCACUAACCCCGUCAGUCUUCCCUACCUCACUAGUUAAGCAGUCCGCAAGUCCCUUUGUGGGGGCACCCAACUAUGACCGCCAUCGGCUCAGGCUUGGAAGCAAAUUGCGCCGGAAUCCGCAUCACAAACCGCUUAUUACUGUGGCGCUGGUAUCUAUCGUUUCGUUGGUUGCAAUUAUUUCUUGUGUAGCCUUAUGCUAUUCCCACCAUAACAAGGCAAAGACCUCAGGGCUCGCGAAGCGCAGGCUGUCGGACACAGCUGAUGCAAAGGAGUUAUCGGAUAUUCUGGAACAAUGCGUCGAGCUAGAAGAAGAGCUUGGACUUACCGGUAAGACCCCCACGACGAAUGAGAGGGGUUGGUAUCUCUCCAGUAUUUAUGAUUCUGCAGCAGCUUUUGAACGAGACAGAGGUGUGCAGCCACAGGCGAUCCAAGGCGAUUCAUUGUGGCACAUGCACGGUUUGGGGACUUUAUCGAAGCAUCUCUCAAAUCCUAAUGAUUGGAGGGAAACUGCUUCGUAUGCCGUCAAUGAUAACCAGGAAGAGAGCCGUUUAAGGGAUUCUUUUGGGGCACUUGUUUCUGACAGUGAUGAACAACAAAUACCAUAUGGCGUUCAAAGUGCACCUCUCCCCCCUGGCCUGCCACAUUCCGUGUUACAACAGCAGACAACUAGUGAUGCUUUCCAUCGGCCUAGCGAUGGCACAACUAACAGUCCACUGGGCCCAUUGAAUCCUGAUUCUUGGCUGGAAACGAAUCCAUGGCAGAUCUAUUCAGUCGGCGAGCCGCAAAUGCCGCAUCCAGAAGCCGGAAAGUUCGCACCAGCCCACAUGAAUGUCUCCAAUUCGCAAACCCAUAUUGGGGGAGUCUCUAGAGAAGACGCAUUCAAUAGUAUAUCCGGAUCCCUCCCUGCAGACAACAGUAAAGAAUUUCAUUGCUCGGGGGGUCAAUCUUCUGGGUCAGUUGUUGGGCCUGGAGCCCAGGAAUAUCGAGGACCCGAGGGCACGAUGGCAAGCAAUCCUACUUUCGGCCAUCAAGUGCAUUCUCCGGGAAAUAUGUUUUUCCAAGCAUACCCAGAAGGCAUGCAGCACCUGCAAUACAUGACUGGAGCGGAGGACAUAUUGCAAGCUACAGCGUAUCCCGGCACGAGCGCUGGUUCAAUAUAUCCAUCGCGUACAACUGGGCUCCCUUUGGAACCAUUGGUGGUCUACGGGGAGGGACAGGGAGGACUUAUGCAUGGAAAUGAUGGUUAUCUCGAUGUAGGCUUGCCCACAAUUCAAGGCGAAAGCAUGCGUGAAGCUGGGCAAUCAACGCAAGGGGUCCAAGUACUAUGGACCCCUCAUAUGCAGCCAACGUGUGGUAGGUGUGGUAGGGCUAUUGUGCCAGCGAGUAUUUCGAGCAUACAGGAGAUGCUCACUCAUCCAUAUGUCAGGCUCCCAGUGGUAAAUCCAAACGAUAUUCCAAGGAGUUUCAGGACAAAUAUUGCAUUCUCCGCCCUUUUGUUUGAGGGUUUUUCUCUAAAUAUAUACGUGCCUAUGCGUGAAUUGUUUGCAAAGCCUUCACUGAACUCGGCUGAGUUGGAAAGUCUCUUGCGCCUGUCCGAGUAUCUAGUCAACCACGCUCUGCACAGGCUUAGGACUCCUCCUACGAGACCUGGCGCUUUCCAUGUCUCUAGACGACUGGCGGAACUUUUCUUCAUGUUUGAUUACGUGGUCUGUACGAUCGAGCUCUUGCAGGAGAAAAUGGAAACCAGCAGUUGGUGGGAACUGUUUGUGGCCAGCUUCCGUACAGAGUACUAUUUUCCCGCAAGCUAUCAUGGAAAGAGAGAUCUUGAAAAGAAGCUUCCAAGGCUGGUCAAGCGUCUUAGCGCGGCGCUGGCCAUCUACAAGACAGGAGUGCGCCCGCCGCCACAAGAUAUAAUUUCGCUUAAGAGAGACAUUUUCCACCUUUUAGAGAGGCAUAGUGUUUUUACGCAUAGGCUAUGGAAUUUUUGGAGGGAGGACGACUACGAUUUUUGUCAUCGUAUAUGUCUGUGA